AAUAAACAAGUCGCGAUGACAUUGCUGGUCGUUCCAGUGCAUAAUCAACUAUUCGCGAUGUUAAGAUGUGUAAACUUAAUUGUGUUGCUGUUGCUGGGAAAUGAUUUGAUCCGAUUUGCGGACUGCGGAGGGAGACUUUACGUGGAUUCGUCGGUGUUCAUAGCACCGGGUGGUAGCUUCGUCAAUUACGUAAUAUUCGAUGAUCAAGAGCCGUUAACGAGAUGCGGCCUUUCGUUUCAGACGAAUGCGGAUAUUUCACCAAUCGACAUCACCAAGUCGAUGGUUCCCAUACACAAUGAUUCUGUUUUGAAGAAUCGUAUUUUCAGCUUAGGCAAAAACACGUGCGGCUUCAAGCUGAUCAACUCGAUGAAAGAUGAUCCCAGAUUCUUCACGUUACAUGCUUACAGGAACGCAUCGUCUGGUCACUCGCAGUAUUCAUUCAAGUUGACGUUUUUUGAAAAAGCGAAUCCGAGGAACGAGACGAAGAAGGUUUCGCUUGGUGAAAGGUAUGAGGUGAAAUGCGGGAUACCGAGAAUCGAGACGACGUGCAUACUUUACGAUCCGUCCGGAAGGAAGGUUUCCAGCGGAAAUUCUUGCUCGUAUCUUUUGGAGAGAGUGAGAAUGGAGCACAUCGGGAUUUGGCAUUGCGACGUCGGUAUCAUGCAACGAAUGCUGCCUGUUACAGAAUAUUUCGUCCUCGAGUUGAUAAGAAGAGAAUGGGUAAAGACUUGGUACAAGGAGAAGGAUGGACUCGGCAUCGUUGGAUGCAAGCACAUGAACGACUUCGUCUUCAACGACAUCAACAAUCUGCAACCGCCCACGUAUUGCCAAUUUAUUUCACCAGAAGAUAAACUGUUCACGAUCAAACAAGGCGCCGCAACGGACAGAUACACGACGGCGGGAACGAACCUCUCCGAUUUCACAUGCCAAUUAGAGUUUGCUCUACCGAUCCAACCGCAAGAAAUUGGCCUGUGGAAAUGCAAGAUCUACGGUAGCGGAGGUUUCAUCUCCGUAAAGAAUGCAACUCUUCCAGAAUAUCCCAAAAAGUUAAUAACCGCUAUAGAGGAGAACAAACCGUACGAAGUAUCCUGCAUCGUGCCGUAUUCCAUCGAUUACUGCUACAUCGAAUCACCUCAAAAAAACUAUUAUUACAUUGACGACGUGAAGAGUUUAUCGCAGGGCAACUGUAGCAAACUCUUGGAGCGAGAUCAUCAAGUUAUAGGAAAAUGGUAUUGCCACAUUUCCAAGUACGGAAGCAUCGAUGAUGAUGUUAUCGAAGUCGAUGUGCGAAUCAAGAAGAAGUUCAGUGCAGUUUUUAGCGAUGUUCAGGUUGAGAUCGGUGAUUCCCCGGAGGUUUUGUGUAAACACGAGAACCCUUUAAGGUCGUGCAGAUUUGUGGAUCCCAGUGGGAAGAAAAUCUACCAUUUGAGCGAGAGGAAAUCUGGAGAAAGAAUCGUUUAUUUUGGACGCGGUUUGGACUUUGGAGAUUGCGGCUUCUUGCUGAAGAACGUCACCAGCAAGGAUCAAGGAACAUGGACUUGCUACGGAAGGGAACUGGAUUCCGAAAGAGAACUGUCGGACAUCACUUCUGUGAAAAUUGUUUAAUGAAAUAUUCAGAUUCAAUGAUCAAUAAAACUCUUCUUGUAAACGCAAUUACCUCAAAACUGUUUCUUUUCAGCUUUGGAUUUUGGUAUAUUUUGUAAAGUGCAUUUGAACAUUUCUGCUUACUACAAUUUGCUUACGCUUACGCACAUUUCCAAGUACGGAAGCAUCGAUGAUGAUGUUAUCGAAGUCGAUGUGCGAAUCAAGAAGAAAUUCAGUGCAGUUUUUAGCGAUGUUCAGGUUGAGAUCGGUGAUUCCCCGGAGAUUUUGUGUAAACACGAGAACCCUUUACGGUCGUGCAGAUUUGUGGAUCCCAGUGGGAUGAAAAUCUACCAUUUGAGCGAGAGGAAAUCUGGAGAAAGAAUGGUUUAUUUUGGACGCGGUUUGGACUUUGGAGAUUGCGGCUUAUUGCUGAAGAACGUCACCAGCAAGGAUCAAGGAACAUGGACUUGCUACGGAAGGGAACUGGAUUCCGAAAUAGAACUGUCGGACAUCACCUCUGUGAAAAUUGUUUAAUGAAAUAUUCAGAUUCAAUGAUCAAUAAAACUCUUCUUGUAAACGCAAUUACGUCAAAA